AUGGAGACGCCAUCAACAUCUACGACAGACCUUCAGGAUGCUAAGACCGGACCAUGUACCAUUGAUGGCAUGAGUACUUCAAAGUCCCGCACUUUGCUUGUUAGAGAGGUAGAGUGCAAAGAAACACAUGAAAAUGCUGGAAACUCGACAUACGUCGGCGUAGAAGCCCGCUUGGUAACCAUGGUUAAAGAUAUGCUGCAAUGA